AUGAAGAAAUGUAGUAACGGCCUGAUCUUUCCUUGUACAGGAUUAGAGGCUCCGGUCAUCGGAGAGGUUCACGAGAACGUUACUCUGCACUGUGGCAACAUCUCGGGACCAAGGGGCCUCGUGACCUGGUACCGGAAUGACUCGGAGCCUGUCUUCCUCCUGUCCUCCAAUUCCAGCUUCCGGCCGGAUGAGCCGCGCUUCUCUCUGGCCAAUGCCAGCUCGCUGCACAUCAAGGCACUGAGGCUGCAGGAUGAGGGAAACUACACCUGCCGGGAGGUCCUGAAUGAGACGCGGUGGUUCCGAGUGUGGCUGCGGGUGGCCCGCGGUCCCUAUGAGGUUGAGGUCAACAUCUCCAGCACCGGCACGCUCCCCAAUGGCACCCUCUAUGCAGCCAAAGGCUCCCAGGUGGACUUCAGCUGCAGCAGUCGCUCUUGGCCUCCGUCAGUGGUUGAGUGGCAGUUCCGGGCCCCCGAUUCCAGCACUGAGCCCUUUGGAAACAACCUGACGGUCAGCAGCUUCAUUCUGCUGCUCAUGUCGCAAAACCUCCAAGGGAACUACACGUGUUUGGCCACGAACACGCUCAGUGGGAGACAGCGGAAGGUGACCACCGAGCUCCUGGUCUACUCACCCCCUCCGUCAGCCCCUCAGUGCCGGGCAGAGAUGUCACAAGGACAGCUCACGCUGCAGCUCACCUGUCGCUGGGACGGGGGAUACCCAGACCCGGACUUCCUAUGGACAGAAGAGCCAGGAGGUGUGGCCGUGGGGACGUCCAAGCUGGGGGUGGAGAUGCUGAACCAGUCCCAGCUGUCAGAUGGCAAGAAGUUCAAGUGUGUCGGGAGCCACAUAGUGGGACCGGAGUUGGGAGCCAGCUGUGUGGUGCAGAUCAGGAGUGCCUCCCUUGUCUCUGAGCCCAUGAAGACUUGCUUCGUGGGGGGCAAUGUGACGCUCACCUGCCAAGUGUCUGGAGCCUACCCCCCUGCCAAGAUCCUGUGGCUGAGGAACCUCACCCAGCCCGAGGUGGUCAUCCAGCCCAAUGGCCACUAUCUCAUCACCCAGAAUGGCCAGAGCUCCACACUCACCAUCCGCAACUGCUCCCAGGUCCUGGAUGAGGGCUACUACGUCUGUCAGGCCAAGAACCCCGUGGGGGUGCGGGAGGUGGACAUCUGGCUGAGUGUGAAAGAACCUUGGAAUAUUGGUGGGAUUGUGGGCACCAUCGUGAGCCUCCUUCUGCUGGGACUGGCCAUUAUCUCAGGGCUUAUGUUGUAUUAUAGCCCUGUGUUCUGCUGGAAAGUAGGAAACACUUUCAGGGGGCAAGACAUGGGUGAUGUCAUGGUUUUGGUGGAUUCAGAAGAAGAGGAAGCAGAGGAGGAAGAUGUGGCCGAAGAGGAGGAAGAAGAGGAGGAGGAAGCAGAUGAGAGGGAGGAGUCGCCAAAAGAAAUACAUAAGCAUGGCCACAUCCAUAGAGUGACCGCACUGGUGAAUGGGAAUGUAGACUGGAUGGGGAAUGGACUCCAGGCUCUGCAAGAUGACAGCAGCGAGGAGCAGAGUGACAUCGUUCAAGAAGAUAGGCCAGUUUGA